AUGCCAGUCAAGAGGAAAGCACAUUCGCAUGGAGAGUUGCGUCAAGGACACCCUCCGCUUAAAAAGGUUAAAGUUGAUCGUGAUGAGGCUCUAGUCAAGCAUUCCCUCCUCCAGCAGCACUACGGCAAUGUGCAAACCCUUCGGGCAUACCUGCUCUCCAAACUGCCAAGUUCGUCGAGGCUUCGCCGCAAAAAGAUCACCUCAGUUGGGUCAUCACCAACGAUAUUGGCUGAAGAAACGAAGCAGGUAGAAUCAUGCUUGUCAACACUGCUAGACACAACGCUGGUCUGCACUCAACAUCACCCCAAAGCCAAGCUCGACUCCCGUUGGGAACAAUGGCAGUCCUUCUCGCAAAAGGGUGAUGAGUCUGUCAUGACGCUUUCUGGAGGACUGGCUGGGGCAACCUGCUCCCAGUCGGAGAUUGUCGACUUUGUCAUCUGGCAGCUUUUCUCUAGAGUCCAGGCCAACGGGUAUUGGCCCAAACAUCUUCUGUGCGAUGGCUUCAGGAGGCGCGGUCCGGACUUUGGCAAUGCAAGAGGGCCGAGCAAUUAUGACUCGGUACCUGGUCUUACGUCUGUCCAUCCAAAUCAUUCUGCCCAGGUUCUGAAAGGUGCUCCGUGGCCUCAGGUUCUUAUGCUUCUGGGGAAAUCAGGGGAGCAGAUCAUGAUCGACCUUCUCAUUGACACUGCAAUCUUCGUCCCAGUGCAAGCAGGUGUCGGGAACGUGUACCAACUUAGUGGCAUCCCAAUGUUGGAGAUUGACCCGCUUGCUACCACGAAUCCAAGACAAGCACAUGGGCAACAGGUGAUGAAGCCUAAGGAUUCGGACCUUGUGUGUGAGAGAUUGCCUUCGGAAAUAGUGUUCAUGAGAAAUCGCAUGCUCUAUGCUCGCGCAGCACUCACGAGCAGAGGCACAGUCCACUACGGUCUUAGACACAUACAUGUCUUGAGUCGAUGUCCACUUGUUUCUUACCUAGAGCAAACCAGCUCCGAGGAGAAGUUACAGCUAGAUCAAGCCAAUGAGCGGAGCACGCAGAAAAUUAUCAUGUAUAUCUUCCCUAGACAGUUCGGGCUGCACAACGUGUUUACCUCGAAGGUUGAUCAUCUCAAAACGGCGCAGAAGUUGCCUGACUAUACACUUCGUGAGGAAGAAAUUUCUCUGGCGUUUAAGAACCGGCAAAUACGAAUGCCUAAAAGGUUGCGGGGAGAUGUGAGACGACUAGUUCAGCAGCUGCAACGUCUCCAUAAUCGUUGCUCAUACGCUGAGCUAUUGCGUCACUAUUGUCCUUCUGCGCUUGACACCAAACCUAAGAAGCCUGCGGUAAAGAAAACGCUCAAACAAUCACAAAAGUGCUCGAGCUCUCAGACUCUAGCGAUUGGCACUCAAAAAACAAUGCCUGUUGUCCGAGGCAAAGGGGCGGAGAAGAGCCAGAAUAGAUCGCGGCAGCAGGCCCCUCCUAUGCCAGUGAUCAAUUUCGAUGCUAUUACCGAUUUGGCUACCCCAACAGCUCAUGUGUCUGCCUUCUGCCGCGCGGUGCUAGCCAGACUUGUUCCGAACGAGUUCUGGGGUACCGGCGACAGCCAAGCCCACAAUCGGGAGAUGGUGUUCAAGAAAGUGGACCACUUCGUUCGACUGCGGCGGUUCGAAAGCAUGAAUCUUCAGGAAGUACUAGACGGGCUGAAGAUUACAUGCAUGGAUUGGUUGGCACCGCCUGCUCUCAGAGGCCUAAGGACUAGCCAGACAGAUAUGAAGAAACGCCUCGAGAUUCUGAACGAGUUCUUGUACUAUGUUUUUGAUUCUAUUUUGAUACCCCUUUUGCGCAGCAAUUUCUACAUCACCGAGUCGAGCUCCCACCGCUAUCGGAUAUUUUACUUCCGACAUGACGUUUGGCGGUACGUUGCUGAGCCUGCUAUGGCGACUCUGAAAGCAAACAUGUUUGAGGAGGUCAAAAUAAACGAGGUAAACCGGAUACUAGGAUCCAGGCGUUUGGGUUUCAGCCGCAUUAGACUGCUCCCCAAGGGCAAAUCUAUGCGACCAAUAACAAAUCUGCGGCGAAGGGUUCCUGUUACAGGGAAAAGCACGAUUCUUGGGCCGAGUAUCAAUUCUGUCCUUGCCCCUGUUCAUUCCAUGCUCCGGCUAGAAACUGAACGCAACCCAUCCAAGCUUGGCUCAUCUUUAUUCUCGGUGGGCGACAUUUACGCACGGCUCAACGCGUUCAGCGCAAACUUUGGUAAGGAACGGCCGAAAUUCUACUUUGCAAAGUUGGAUGUACAAUCUGCUUUCGACACCAUCCCGCAGGAGGCUGUUAUCCGGUUAAUGGGUGUUGUUCCCAGUGAGGACCAGUACAUUAUCAAGAAACACCUCGAGAUAAAGGCUGGCCUAGUGGAAACCCCGCACCGAGAUCGACCAGUCACAAAGGUUACAAGGCGAUGGCACUCGCUUGCUGCUACUCGGGAUGACCCAACUAGCUUCGUACAGGUGGUUGAGAGCCGUCUCGGCGUGAAGGGGAAGAACGCGGUUUUCGUAGGCAACAUGUCACGAAAAGAGCAUAACACGCGGCAGCUGAUGGCAUUGAUGGCAUCUCACAUCCAGCAGAACUUAGUGAAGGUUGGUAAGAAGUUUUACAGGCAAAAGAACGGCAUACCCCAAGGCUCUGUGCUGUCCUCAGCUUUGUGCAACUACUUUUACGCGGACCUAGAAGCACAGCAUCUCUCCUUCCUGGCUGACGAGGAUUGCCUCCUCCUAAGACUGAUUGAUGACUUUCUUCUCAUAACCACAAGUCAGAGAAAGGCCCGAAAUUUUGUCAAAAUCAUGCAUCGUGGGCUUCCUGAAUACGGGGUUGCCGUGAACCCCAACAAAACCUUGGUCAACUUCGACAUGGAGUUUGGAGGCGCAAGUAUUGCCAAGGUAUCUAAAGAUACGCCGUUCCCCUAUUGCGGCGUGGGAAUCGACUGCGAAACUCUUGAUAUUACCAAAGUGCGUGAGAAGAUCAAGGGCACGGCCGUCUCCGAUGCUCUAACUGUCGAUUUUGGAAGCAAGUCUGGACAGAACUUCCAGAGGAGAGUUCUGAACGCCUUGAAAAUUCAGUCUCACCUUAUGUUCUACGACACCAAUCACAAUACUCUCAGGACGGUAAUGUCCAAUCUACACAAGGCGUUCAUAGAGACAGCAGAGAAGAUGUGGUCAUACUGGCGAUGCCUGCCUACGGACAAGCAACCCGAUAGUCGGUUGGUAAUAAAAACAAUAGGCAAACUCAUCGACGUAGCGUUUGUAUUACUCACCGGAAAGACGAGGAAGAAGAAGCACCCUCAUUACAGCUGCGCCCUGGAGAAGACGCAAGUUUUCUGGCUGGCACUUGAUGCCGUGAGAAAGGUCCUCACCAGGAAGCAGGCGAACUUCGCGCCGGUGCUUUCGUGGAUUGACGCCGAGCUGAGCAAACUCGAGUCGACUAAGACGACACGCGCAAUGAAAGUCAUGAAGCAACUUGGGCGUAUCGCGACUGCUCGGGAUAGUCAGCUUUUGCCGUGGAAUCCGAGGCCAUGCUCGGUGUUGGGGAAACGGCCCUCGGAACCACCACCGUCUGCAGGUUGUCCUUUGAGAAUACUCCAGCACUGGGUUUCAUUCCAUCGACGAAGCGUAAUGGACGAUCGCGAGAGUCAGUUUCUGGUGAAACUCGCCGCGGCGGGCACGUAUCCUGACUCUCUCCUGCAGCAAGAUGAGCGAGGGGCAACGAUCAGGGCACGCCGUGAACACUACAACGCCAACAGGGCAAAGAUAUUUGACGGGGUGCCGUCGAGAAUCGACACGCCCCUGGUUAUCAUCGAUUUCGGCGGCAGCGGCUGCUCUGGUAAGACAGAGAACGACCCGAAGAAGGCGGAACUACACAUUAUUCGAGACCUCGGAGGACUACGGAGGAAGCUAUCCUGGCCAGAACGGCAUGAAGCCACGACGGGAUCCGCUAAUUUGAUAAAGGAUCCGGCGCUGCGAAUCGUGCUGCUGGAACGCCUCUCCCCGACUUCGCUGCUACUCAACCUCGACGAAGACGUGCUUUUCGAGCUUUUGACAUAUCACCAGGUGCCCUUUUACUUGUUGAGUUUCCUUGUGAGCGGCGGGGAUUCGUGGAGCUUCGCGAGCAGCAUUCGCUUCACUGGGUUCCGGGGCGCCGUGAGCCUCCCGACGAACCAGGAUACCGGAAUCGCCAGUCUGGGUCGCAGCGGCGCGCGUAUCCAGCUUUGUUUUGCGCUCUUCAGCAUCAGGGAGUAUCCGCUCCAUGCGCUGCCGCGGGGGGUCAAUGCGGACAGGACACCGCGAUGGGAGCCACACUCGGCAGUCAUGUAUCUCCACUUCGACCUCGUGGAGGGGACGGCGGUGUGGUUUCUGGCUAGUCCGCGUUGUCAUAACCCAGUGCGAGGCAUGGGUAUGCAGAACCAGCUGUGGAACGAAUUGAAGGAAAGUCUGGCAGGAAAGUUGGGCGGAAUAGGGUCUUUGGAUGUAAGUGGGCGCUUUCACGUCAGCUUAGAAUGCCUCCUCGCCGUUGCUGAAUGGGCUGUUGGAGAGCUAGCGCUGCAUUUCCAGGACUUAGAGACGCGUCUGUCCGACUUGACAAAGCCAUACUUGCAUCCAUAUGACGACAGCUUAGAAGAUGACAUUGCACGAGAGUCAAUACACGAGCAGGACCUGCGCCGAAUGGCAUUCCUAAUGGAGCAGCGGCACGAAAGUAUCAUGAGGAUCGACAACAACCUCCGGGCCCUCCGCUGCCUCCGGGGCCUCCUCGUUGACGAGCUAUGCGAGAAGCUGGCGAGCUCAGGGGUUCGCCACGCGGAUGAAAUGCGAGAGCAUAUCGAAGAGUUCAGGGGCAAGUUGGCAUCAACAACGGAGGAAAUGGGGGAUUUGCUAGACAGGGCUCAGGCGCUAGACAAGCUGGCCAAGAAUCGUGAAGAAUAUAUUCAACAGAUGCAGACGCAACAUACGAACCGUCAGAUGAAGUCGAUCGCCGAGCUGACGGCGUACGACUCAGCCGCGAUGAAGCAACUAUCCUUCAUCGCAUUGGUAUUGCUUCCAGUUACUGUCGUGUCGACCGUCCUAAGUACAGACAUUGUGAAGUUUCAAGACCUUUCGAAUGGAAACGAGAACGCCGCUCCUCCUGAAGCCGGACAGCCCCACGCGCCCGUCCCAGUGUACAGCUUCUCGGCCGCGGCGUUCGGGACGUGGGCCGUUGCGAGCGUGGUCAUGACCGUCGUCACACUCGCCAUCGUCAGGCCGCUGGGCAGUGGGCGGAUCGACGGCCUAAACAGUGGCUGUAAAAACUUUAACAAGCAAAAUAUGGUGCGGCAGUCGACGCUGAAGGAGCGGACUUUACACCCGUGCAACCUUCGAGGCGUCUCUCGAUCAGCCCAGCAAGAUACGCCACCAUCGGAGCCAAGUCCGGCAUCGCGCUCAAUCCACACGGCACCUACAAUGACAAAAACGGCAUCAAACUCCCCAGAAGCUCCGGUGGCGGAUGUGAGUACUCCCGUCCAAGCCGGGUCUCAAACGUUGACGUCGAUGAGUCGGUGGCUCGGCACGGCUUGGGGGACCCUGUGGCGGCAGAAGUCAGGGGGAAAUACGACGUCGACGUCGGUGUCAGCAACUGCGUUACCCCGAUAA